AUGGAACCCGCCUCGACCUCUACUCCUCCAGAGGAGAUGAGCCUUCGUAUUGACAAGGAAAGCAAAGAGAACGCGGAACCUCCUUCUUUCGCAAAUUAUUUGAGGAUUCUUUCGUACGGUGCUCGACAUGGUCGAGUUUUUCUCAUUAUCCUGGGGUUAAUAUGCGCCAUGGGCUCUGGGGUUGCUCUGCCAUUGAUGAACAUCGUCUUUGGUAAACUCGUCGGUGACUUCAACCAAUAUUUCAGUCCAGGUGCUGCUCCCAGCGAACAGAGCUUCAAGUCUUCGCUCAACCAAAGCAGCCUCUAUAUUGUAUACUUGUUCAUCGGCAAAUUCGUAUUGUCGUAUAUUUCCAUGAUUUGCUUCCGAGUCAUCAGUUUACAUGCAUCCGCCGCAUUACGUCUCGAGUACACUAAGGCACUUUUUGCCCAACCCAUCAGCCGAUUGGACGAAAUAUCUAUUGGGACGAUAACCAAUUCAAUAACGGCGCUGUCUAAUACAAUCCAGCAAAGUGUCUCGGAUCGCCUUUCUAUCCUAUUCCAAUCCCUGGCGUUGCUUAUCGCAGCCUAUGGUAUUGCCUUUAAAUACUCAUGGGCACUGACACUGGUAGUCAGCUCAGCUAUAGCUUUUGUGCUGAUUGGCUUUGCCCUAACAGUGCCCUUCCUGGUGAAGAUACAGCGAAACGUGGAUAAAGCUGAUAACCACCACGCAUCCGUCGCCGCAGAUUUCUUUAGCUCUAUCCGGACCGUUUUCUCCCUCGGUGCUGAGGGUCCAUUGGCUAAAAAGUAUGCCCGACUAGUUGAUGACGCUAAGAAAGAAGGCUUGCGGAUGUCCCCCGUCACUGGAAUCCAUCUUGGACUUCUUUUCUUCGGCAUGUAUGUCAGUUUCGCAUUGGCAUUCUGGUUCGGGUUGAAGCUCUAUCGUGAGGGUCAUAUUGCAAACAUUGACACUGUUAUUACUGUCUUCUUCUCUGUGCUCAUCGUGGUCACGGUCCUUGGAAGUAUCGCCUCACCGCUCAUGAUCAUUUCCAAAGCCAUUAGUGCCUCCGGGGCAUUCUUCGGCAUCAUUGAUUCGGAGCAAAUCUCCACAGCUGGAGUCAGAGAUCCCGAUGUGUCCAGUUACGCUGAUAUUAUAUUUCGGGAUGUUUCAUUUGCCUAUCCAACACGCCUCGGCAUAUAUGCCUUGAAUGGGUUCAAUGCCACGCUCCAAAGAGGCAAAACAACAGCAUUGGUCGGACCAUCGGGCUCGGGAAAGAGCACUGUGGUUGCUUUGCUUCAGAGAUGGUAUCAACUCCAAAAUGGAAAAUCCUCCGAUUCAACACAAGGAAAGCUCCCAGGAGACAUCACUGUGGACAAUCAUCACAUCAAUGAUUUAGAUCUAAAAUGGUGGAGAUCCCAGAUCGGGCUCGUUCAGCAGGAACCGUAUCUGUUCAAUGAAUCCGUUUAUAACAACGUUGCUUUUGGCCUAAUUGGGUCCAAAUGGGAAGGUGAAACGGAGGUAAUGAAAAUGGAACUGGUGACGGAGGCGUGCAAGGAGGCUUUUGCAGAAGAAUUUAUCACACAGCUUCCUCAGGGUUAUCUGACGGUAAUUGGUGAAGGCGGGAUCACUUUGAGUGGUGGUCAACGCCAACGACUCGCCAUUGCACGAAGCAUCGUCAGCCGACCCCCAAUUCUAAUAUUCGAUGAAGCGACUAGUUCUAUUGAUGUUCGAAGUGAAAAGGUCGUCCAAACUGCUCUCGACCGCAUAUCGAAGCACCGCACUACAAUCAUGAUUGCGCACCGCCUUUCCACCAUCCGUCGAGCAGACAAUAUUAUCGUGAUAAAGGAUGGAACUAACAUGGAAGAGGGAACACAUGAGGACCUUAUAUACAGAGGCGGGGCGUAUUAUAGCAUGGUUCAUGCGCAGCAGCUUGAGCCACUCAGAGCUCCCGAAGAAGACAAGGCUGAAAGCGAUGAUCUCCUUAUCCCGAAAAAGGAGAUUCGGGCCCAAGAAUACCCUACUGACUCAAGUGAAAAAGAAGAAGACCAGCAAACGGAGCAUGAAACCAAGAAAUUUGGCUUCUUUCACUCAUUUUGGGUGAUUGCUAGUGAGCAAAGGCACCAUUGGAUUUUGUAUAUCUUCAUCCUUGUGGGAGCCAUGGGAGUGGGUUCCGGGUAUGCGUUGCAAAGCUGGCUUUUUGCGCAGUUGGUCCAGGUUUUCCAAUUUACGGGACAGAAACUCGUGAAUGCGGCUAACUUUUGGGCGCUGAUGUUCUUUAUCCUGGCUCUCGCCAUGGCUGCAUUCUAUUUCAUCUUAGGCUUGGCCUCAAAUUCCAUCUCAAUGUUCGUCGCAUCCGUGUAUCGCAAAGAUUAUUUCUUUAACCUUGCCCGACAAUCCGUGUCCUAUUUCGACCGCGAGGAGAACGCCUCUGGCAGUCUGGUUUCCAGAUUAUCAACAGACCCAAGACAAGUCCAAGAGUUAUUUGGCCCUAACGGGGUGUUUCCUCUGAUUUCUCUUUUCAACGUCAUCGGAUGUGUCAUAAUCUCUUUCAUCUUUGGAUGGAAGUUGGCAGCCGUUACAUUUUUCGCCGCAAUGCCGUUUCUCUUUCUUGCCGCCUUUAUGCGCAUCCGCUAUGAGAUCAUGUUUGAAUCUUUAAAUGCUGAAGUGUAUAAAGAUAGCUCGAGGUUUGCAGCGGAAGCAAUCCGUGGAUUCAGAACCGUGACUUCCUUGACUAUGGAAGACUACAUUAUCGAAAAGUACUCGAAUCUGCUACAGCAGCAAAGGAAAAAAGCACUUCGAAAAGCAUGGUAUGCGACGCUUGUCUUCUCUUUUUCAGACAGCGUGGAACUAUGCGCAAUGGCGCUCACCUUCUGGUACGGCGGGCAGCUGCUUGCAUCUCGGGAAUACGAUCCUACUGCAUUCUUUGUGGUCUAUAUUGCCAUCAUCCAAGGCGGCCAGUCUGCAGGACAAUUCUUCAGCUUUGGUCCUAACAUCGCUCAGGCUAAGGCCUCUGCUAGUCGCAUUCUCAGUACCCGACCAACAUCAAAGAGUCAACUUGAAAUAUCAUCAAAAGAACCGCUCUUCUUCCCUCGACAGAACCAUACGGCUGAUAUCGAGUUUAAAGAUGUCACUUUCAUAUAUCCUUUUCGGAAUACGCCGGCAUUUUUGAAUGUUAAUGUAUCUAUCAAAAGCGGUCAAUUCGUUGCUUUUGUUGGUCCCUCUGGCUCUGGCAAGUCCACUCUCAUCUCAAUUAUAGAAAGAUUCUACGACACCACGCACGGCUCUAUCAUGUUCAAUGGACGAGAUAUCCGUUCUAUUGAGCUCUCUUCCUACAGGCGGUGCAUCUCUCUUGUGGCACAGGAUCCAAGGCUUUUCGACGACACUAUUGAGGACAACCUACUCCUCGGACUCGAAACUACAAACAAACAACUCAUGCGAGAGCAGAUGGUGCAAGCAUGCAAAGACGCCGAGAUUCACGAUUUCAUCAUGUCCCUUCCUAGUGGCUACUUAACGAGUCUUGGUGUUAGCGCGCAAACAUCGCUCAGUGGCGGUCAGAAACAACGUCUGUGUAUUGCACGGGCUCUAAUUCGGAGGCCCCUCGUCCUUCUUUUGGAUGAGGCAACGUCGAGUUUAGAUUCACAGUCUGAAAAACUCAUCCAGGACGCCAUGGAGCGUCUAGCCGUGAAACGCCACAUGACUAUUAUUGCAGUCGCCCACAGACUGGCCACCAUCCAGAAGGCUGAUAAAAUCUUUGUCUUCGGGGAGAGUAUCUCACAUCCCGGAUCAGAGAUUGUGGAGAGGGGGAAUCAUCACGAGCUGCUUCGAAAAAAGGGGCCUUACUGGCAAAUGGUAUUGUUGCCUUCAAUCAAGCAUCACUCUAGAGUAAAAGCUGACAUGGAAACAGUGCCAAGCACAGGCUUUGGAAAUGUGAAUUCGCUUUUAGAUUGCGGAAAGUCGUCUCUGUCAAAAUCUAGUUGCUCUAACAAAAAUCGAUUGUCUACGCUGUGUCCG